CGUGCAGCCUCGACUUCAACUGGAAGAGGGCAACCAACCCUAAUGUGCGUGAAGAUCUGCCCAGCCCCAUGUCGCGUGACCUACGUGUUGUUGAUUGGGCAGCUGACAAGUCACUUACAGCCUGUUUCUAAUAGUCAGGGUAGGUUGUGGCGUAUCCGAAGGCUGGAGGAGCGGAAAUCCCGGGUACGGCCAGCCAGCUAGGGUGGGGAAGAGAUUGGUGUCCGCCCCCCACCCUCCUCCAGUAUUCCCGGCUGGAUGCUCGGCGCCCUGUGACUAGGCUCGGAAUCCGAGCCGGUGAGUGAGCAUCUCUCUCCCCCCCCCCCCCCCGGGAGGGUGAGGCCCCCGGUGCGGGCCACAGAGCCGGGGGGAAGGGAUGACUCUGGACUCCAUGAUGGCCUGCUGUUUAAGUGAAGAGGUGAAGGAGUCUAAGAGGAUCAAUGCCGAGAUCGAGAAGCAGCUGAAGAAGGACAAGAAGGACUCCCGACGAGAGCUGAAGCUGCUUCUGCUAGGUACAGGAGAAAGUGGGAAGAGCACAUUCAUUAAACAGAUGAGAAUAAUCCAUGGUACUGGCUAUUCAGAAGAAGAUAAAAAGGGCUUUACCAAGCUUGUUUUUCAGAAUAUCUUUACUGCAAUUCAAUCUAUGAUCCGUGCCAUGGAAACAUUAAAAAUUCUUUACAAGUUUGAGCAGAACAAGGCUAAUGCACUCGUUGUGAGAGAAGUUGAUGUGGAAAAAGUGUGUACAUUUGAACAGCCAUAUAUUAGUGCAAUCAAAACAUUGUGGAGUGACCCAGGUAUUCAGGAAUGCUAUGAUAGGCGUCGGGAAUACCAGCUGUCAGACUCUGCCAAAUAUUACUUGACCGACGUGGAUCGUAUUUCGAAGCCUGGUUACCUGCCCACACAGCAAGAUGUAUUGCGUGUCAGAGUGCCAACGACUGGUAUCAUAGAGUACCCCUUUGACCUGGAAAACAUCAUCUUUAGAAUGGUUGAUGUGGGAGGUCAAAGAUCUGAGCGGAGGAAGUGGAUACACUGCUUUGAGAACGUUACAUCCAUAAUGUUCCUUGUUGCCCUUAGUGAAUAUGACCAGGUUCUUGUGGAGUCUGAUAAUGAGAACCGAAUGGAGGAGAGCAAGGCUCUUUUCAGGACGAUUAUCACGUACCCCUGGUUCCAGAAUUCUUCUGUAAUCCUAUUUCUCAAUAAGAAGGACCUUCUUGAAGACAAGAUCGUGUACUCUCAUCUUGUAGAUUACUUUCCGGAGUUUGAUGGCCCUCAGCGAGAUGCGACAACCGCUCGUGAAUUCAUCCUGAAAAUGUUUGUGGAUCUGAAUCCCGAUAGUGACAAAAUAAUCUACUCACAUUUUACCUGCGCCACAGACACAGAGAACAUCCGCUUUGUAUUUGCUGCUGUAAAAGACACCAUCCUGCAGCUAAACCUUAAAGAGUACAACCUGGUGUGACCAAGCUCCCUCACUACUCCUGCUCGCCUAAAUGAUGUUAUAUUUCUCACCAACAGAGUGUGGAGCAACUGCAUAACUGAGGAGGAGGAGUACCCUCCAAUCCUACAUUUGUUUGUUCUUUCUUUUUUAAAUUGGUGAUUUUUUUUAUUUGCCAAAUUACUGAAAAUGCAGCACAGUGCUGCAAGUCUGCCUUGGAAAUUAUAUAAAAUUAAUGUGAUUUUA